AUGAAGCUUGCUAUUUUCUAUUCAAUUUUACAAAUUUCAACUAUUGUUCAUGGUCUCCCAGCUAUUAAAGUAAUUAAACAGGAGGUUCUUCAAGUCUUUCGGCCGGUGAAGAAUAAUAACAUCAUCAAAAGGGUUCUUGUUACACCUAUGAAUCACAAUCCUGAUGCUGUUAAUACCCAUAAUCAACAUGUCAUUGCUGUUACUACUUAUGUGACUGAGCUGACAAGUGUCAGUUUUGGACCUUCAACUAUAAGCUCAUACGAUAUUGUUCAACCUACCCAUACUACAGAAUCUGGAGAAGAGAACAUAGGUGUUCAUGCUGUUUAUUUAUCGACUUAUGUUCUUGUUUCAGUUACUAUUAUUGUUUUAUUAACCUAG